UGAUCUUCAUCUUUUGGGAUCUCACAAGUCGCAAGAGAGAGAGAAUUAGAAAGGGAAGCAAAAGCGUAAAAUAUUAUUGCCGAUGAACCCUUGUAUGAACGCUUUGCUCAUCUUUUUCUUCUUAGCUGUGGAAAAAAAUUAACAUAGAAGAAACAGACAUAAACAAAAUUCCAACUCCUCAACAAACUUCAUUUUUUUCUCCUGCCAUUUUUCCGACCACCAUAGAAGAGAAGGCAGCGACAGGCCUCUUGUUCCUCGUCUCGUCGGAAUUGUUCCACCGUUUGCUCAGAACCUCAUCUGCUUCUCCUCUAGAUUCUUGGGUUUUGGUCCUUUUGCACGAUUCUUCAGAGAUAAGUUUCAUUAUUGCCUCUGUUUUCUUCUUCCCCAAGCAUUAAUUUGACCAGUCGCCAUUGGAGCUCAGUGUUCUUCUGGUUGCUUUCUCUUGGUAUCAAUCAAUACCCAUUGUUGCUGAGGUCCAAUGGAAACUGGGGUUGGAUUUAAUUUCUUUAAUCAGGCUUUAAAAUAUUAUCCUCUUCUUUUACCCCACGAGUAUGCAGAGUAGACUGAAUUUGGGGAUUUUUGGUGCUCUUGUAAUAUGAUAUUGAGAAGAUUGAUUUUGUUUUCUUUUCUUCUUCCCUGACUGAUUUUCCCAACUGGGUUGGAGUUUGAUUCUGAGAAAAAGCCAUGGGAGAUUCAAAUUUUUGUGGUUUCAGUUUCAUCUGCUUAUUGUCUUGGUUAUUUCUGUCCAUUUUGAUUCAAUGUGAAGUAUGUCUUGCCAGCACUAGAAGUUUUGGCAAAGUCUCUCCAGGAUUUGAAGGCUCUCAAAUGAACUGGAUUGAUAACAAUGGCUUGUUUCUUUUGUCCAAUAAUUCCAACUUUGGAUUUGGGUUUGUGACAACCCAAGAUGUGACAAUGUUUUUGCUGGCUGUCAUCCACACAGGAAGUUUGAAAGUAGUUUGGUCUGCAAAUAGGGGCUCCCCUGUUGCAAAUUCUGAUAAGUUUACAUUUGAUGAGAAGGGGAAUGCUGUGUUAAAGAAAGGCAAUGUUGUGGUUUGGUCUACAAAUUCCAGUGACAAAGGGGUUUCUGCUCUAGAGUUGGAGAACUCGGGAAAUUUGGUUUUACGGGUGAACGAGAGCGACGGGGGCGUAGUUUGGCAGAGUUUUAGCCAUCCUACUGACACUCUUUUAUCAGGACAGGAUUUUGUUGAAGGAAUGAGACUUGUGAGUGAUCCUAGUAACAACAAUUUGAGCUGUUACCUUGAAAUGAAGUCUGGUGAUAUGACUCUUUCAGCUGGCUUCCAACCCCCGCAGCCUUACUGGUCUAUGGCUAAGGAGAACCGUAAAACCAUUAAUAAAGACGGUGGGACGGUCUCUUUGGCAACUCUUGGCGCAAACUCUUGGAGAUUCUAUGAUCAAAGCAAUGUGUUGCUCUGGCAAUUCAUCUUCUCGAGCAAUACCGAUGAAAACGCUACUUGGAUAGCGGUUUUAGGAGAUGAUGGCUUCAUUUCCUUUUAUAAUCUUCAAGAUUCUGGUGUGGCUUCACGUACUAGGAUACCGGAAGACUCUUGUAGCACACCGGAGCCGUGUGGCCCGUAUUUUAUAUGUUACAGUGGGAAUCGAUGCCAAUGCCCUUCGGUCCUUAGCACAAGUCCGAAUUGCCAGCCUUCGAUUGUCUCUCCUUGUGAUCAAUCAAAUGGGAGUAUAGAGCUUGUAAGUGCAGGGACUGGGCUCAAAUAUUUCGCACUCGGGUUCCUUCCAUCCACUUCAAAGACUGAUGUAAAUGGUUGCAAAAACUCUUGCAUGAGUGACUGUUCUUGCCGUGCAUUGUUCUUCGAAAGCCGAAUGGGGAACUGUUUCUUGCUGGACAAUGUAGGUGGCUUUCAAAACUCCAAUGAGGGCUCUGACUUUGUUUCAUACAUCAAGGUCUUGAGCAACGGAGGCAGUGGUGAUAACAAUGGUGGGAGCAAAAAUGGUGGAAUGAACUCUCAUAUUGUUGCGGUUAUUGUAGUUUUUACUGUGCUCGUCAUUUUUGGUCUAGUUUAUUUGGCAUUUUGUUACUACAGGAAAAGGAAGAAGCCUCCAGGAACUCCUUAUGUGACUUCCGAGGACGAUAACUUCUUGGAUGGUUUGACCGGGGCGCCCGUUCGGUACAGCUACAACGAUCUUCAAACAGCAACCAAUAAUUUCUCUAUGAAACUUGGUCAAGGGGGAUUCGGCUCAGUAUAUCAAGGAGUUCUACCUGAUGGAACUCGAAUUGCCGUGAAGAAAUUGGAAGCAAUUGGUCAGGGCAAGAAGGAGUUUCGAGCCGAAGUGAGCAUAAUUGGGAGCAUCCAUCAUGUUCACUUGGUCAGGCUAAAGGGCUAUUGUGCUGAAGGAACACACAAGCUUCUUGCUUAUGAGUACAUGGGAAAUGGAUCUUUGGAUAAAUGGAUUUUUAGGAAGAACAAAGAAGACUUUUUGUUGGAUUGGAAUACAAGAUUCAAUAUUGCACUAGGAACAGCUAAAGGACUAGCUUACCUCCAUGAAGAUUGUGAUGUAAAGAUCAUUCACUGCGACAUCAAACCCGAAAAUGUGCUUCUCGAUGACAAGUUCCUCGCAAAGGUAUCGGAUUUCGGUCUAGCAAAGCUAAUGACACGAGAGCAAAGCCAUGUUUUUACGACUCUAAGAGGAACCAGAGGGUAUCUUGCCCCAGAGUGGAUCACCAACUACGCCAUAUCAGAGAAGAGCGAUGUGUAUAGCUACGGGAUGGUGUUGCUUGAGAUAAUCGGGGGAAGAAAAAGCUUCGACUCGACAGAAACUUCCGAAAAAUCCCACUUCCCAGCCUAUGCAUUCAAAAUGUUGGAAGAAGGAAGGCUUGAAAACAUCCUAGACUCAAAUCUGAUCAUAAAUGAAGGUGACGAGAGAGUUUUUACUGCCAUUAAAGUUGCACUGUGGUGCAUACAAGAAGAUAUGCACCUCAGGCCACCAAUGACUAGAGUAGUCCAAAUGCUCGAAGGCCUCUGCGCCGUUCCUCCGCCACCAACUUCCUCCCCGCUCGGUUCUCGCCUCUUUUCGAGUUUCUUCAAAUCGAUCAGCGAGGGAGGAACCUCCUCCGGGCCAUCCGAUUGCAACAGUGACGCCUAUCUUUCUGCGGUCAAGCUCUCUGGGCCAAGAUGACAACAACUCUCGAAAGGAUUCCGGGAUAGGAAUUCAUUCCACAGAUGAGUUCUCUUAUACUUCCUGCACAACACCAUUUUCUUGUACAUUGGCUUCUGUUCCUCACAUUUUUUUGAAAUACUAGAAAUGAACAGUUUUGUUUGCUUUGUUAUGUACAUUAAGAGUGGUCAUUUUUGGAUGGAAAAUAUGUUCUGAGAUA